AUGUCGACACUCACCGAAAUCACAUCUGAGGCCGACUUCUCGUCGCAUCUCUCAUCUCUAUCGCCUUCUGCAUUGGUAGUCCUAUACUUCCACACUCCAUGGGCUGCCCCUUGCGCGCAGAUGGGCGCUGUGCUUUCAGCCCUCGCUUCGCAGUACCCCGCCACCACCCCGCCCACCAUCUCGUUUGUCAGCAUCAAUGCUGAGGAGCUACCUGAUAUCUCAGAGGAGUAUGAUGUUUCUGCCGUGCCAUUCGUUGUGUGCCUCCGUAGCGGCCAAAUUUUAGAAUCGAUCAGUGGAAGUGAUGCCGUCAAGGUUCGUGACGCUGUCGAGCGCCACGCUGGCCGCGGAAAUGUUGCGGGUGGCGUUGGUCCGAUGGAAGGUGCCAAAGCCAAUAUCCCCCCGCCGCUGUCUGCUGUCCCUCGUGAGGAUGGUCCCUUGACUGCUACUCAGGCCCCCGUUACCGCUUCUCAGCCCCCUUCCGCUGAUGCAGCUAACGCAACCGCCGUCGCAUCUGCCCCCGCUCUGACACCCGAACAAUCCCGGGAGGCACUAUUUGCCCGCCUCGAACAACUGGUCAAGGCAGCAUCUGUCAUGUUGUUCAUGAAAGGCACCCCGAGCAGCCCACAAUGCGGAUUCAGUCGGCAGCUAGUUGGCAUUCUACGUGAGCGUAGUGUAAAGUAUGGCUUCUUCAAUAUCUUGGCCGAUGAGGAUGUGCGCCAGGGUCUGAAGGAGUAUGCUGAGUGGCCAACUUUCCCCCAAUUGUGGGUGAAUGGAGAAUUGGUCGGUGGUUUGGAUAUUGUCCGCGAGGAAAUCAACAGCGAUCCCGAUUUCCUCACUGAACACUCAGUCAGCAAGCCCACUACGGCUGCUUGA